AUGCCUCGAAAGUUCAUUACUCAAGAGGUCAAAGACCAGAAUCGCGAGAGUCAGCGCCGAUCGCGAGCUCGGCGCGCUGAAUUGAUAAAUGAUCUCAAGAAGAAAGUGCAAGAUUUUCAGCAGCAAGGCGCAUCUGCCUCUUUGGAAAUGCAGAGGGUGGCUCAGGCAGUGACACUUGAGAACCAGCGCCUAAGAAGCCUGCUGAGCGUGCAUGGCGUAUCGCAGGACGAGAUUAAUCAAUUCAUCUCACCUCCUCCGGCCACUUCACCUGGAUCGCCAGAUGGAUUACCUGAGUCCGGUACUUUGAAGUGCAAGGCAUGCGGCAGCACAUCCAUAAUGCUACAACAUCUGCCGGCUGUAUUAUCACCACUGCAACAUCAACAUCAAAAUUAUCACACCACGCCACAGAUUAUGAGCGAUUGUGCCCUUCCAUCACCUUCCAUCUCAUGCGACACAGUUGAACUUUCCAGAAUAGAAAGUAAUACCGACGUGGGAGUUAGUCCAACAGCAUUCAACUCACCACCUGCAAACCACAUUGCUCGCUCCGGUCCCUCUGCUAGAAAUAUUAAAGGAGCGAGAAAAUCUCAGAAAUCUCAGUCCCAAGAGAGCAGAAAACGUCAAUGCUGCGGAUCCCGUUCAAGUGAAGGCGACAACCAACAUAGCGAAAAUCCCUUGGAAGAUCAACUCCAUCUCGCAACACCUCGUCCUCUUCCAAAUCCUACAGAACCUGAAGCUAUUAGCUCUACCGACUCUAUGGAAACAUCUUGCGAUACGGCGGCAUCCAUUCUAGUGGAUCUUCACCACGGGAUGGAUAAUGAACAGGCUCGCACUGCCCUUGGCUGCAAAGGAUCAGAGACUUGCAAUGUCAGCAACAUCAAAAUUUUUCAACUUUUGGAGAAAUUUGACUAG